GAUAUGGUUGUUCUUGCUGCAACCGCCUUGACAAAGAGGUCUUUUUACUCUGUUCGGGAGAAUAAUGUGAUUGAAACUAUCUUAUCCCUUGAUCCAGAUUCUUAUUAUUGCACCAUUGAUGGACAGAUCAUUUCUGAUUUUUGUCAAAGAUGCCAGGAAUUUCCUGGAGAUACGUUGUUCCAACUUCAUUUUCGCUUGUUUGGGGGGAAAGGAGGGUUUGGAUCUCUUUUGCGCUCAUUUCGUGUUAAUAAAAGUACGAAUCAACUGAUGUGCCGAGACCUCAAUGGUCGCCGUCUCGCUUCUAUCGAUGAAGAGCAGAAAUUAAAGAAAUGGAUAGAAAGAGCUGCAGAGCGUGAGAAAGAAAAAAUAGCUAAGAGAAACGCAAAAUACGAGAAAUUAAAAUCCGGGCCACCCAAACAUAUGUUCAAUGAUCCCGACUAUAUCCGUCAAAAGGAAACUAUAAUAGAGAAAACAGAAGAAGCAUUUGAGCAAGGUAUGCAUGAAGAACAAGAGAAGAAAGCAAAUCCUGUUGUCGAAUCUUCUUCGGAUUCUGACUUCGACAUUGAUGAUUUACCUGGCGGAUUGAAGACGGGAAGAAAACGAAAAGCGAAACCAGCGUCUACAGUGGAUGUGAAACUGCCAAAGUUUUUAUGGAACUAUGUUGCAUGCAUCAGUUGUAGCGAUGAGGAGGCUGAAUCCGAUUCUGAUUCUGACGAGAACGACGUCGAUCCUGAGUUGCUGAACGAGAUAAAAGAGUAUUUCUCAGCUAGAGAUGCUAAGCUUGGCCCACUAGGGACUAACGAGCCAUGCAGUUCAAAAAUUGGAGAUACUGUGAGCGAUGCAACCAACGUGACGCAACAAGAACAUGAGGAGACUUUUACGGAAAUACCUGCACAAGAGGAGAAACUGACAAAAACCGCUGCCAAAGAAACUUCGUUAGAAAAUUUACAAGAAGAAACAACUCAGGAGACUUCUGCGAAUGCAACAUUACCCAAGGAGCCAAAAGAAAAGAAGAAGCACAAAGAAUCGAAAAAAGAAGCUGUGGAACCACAAGAGUUCGUAGAAGUCGACUUAACGAAAUACGAAAGUGCCACGGAGUUGGAAGCGUUGGGUUUGCAACAUCUUAAGCACGCACUUUUAGGUCAGUUCAACAUUAUCUUCUUAGUUUUUUGA